AUGGCAACAGUAUACGAUUUUUUACCUAUUGAAUUUGACUAUUACGCCGAGUUAAGUAUUCGUUCGAGACUUGCUGAGGCCAGACGAUACAGCCGCUUCCAUGCAGUAGUCCUCCUUCAGCGAAUAGUCCGAGGACAUUUAAUAAGAAAACAUUUUGCAUGGUUAUCGAAAAAUGCCCUUACAAUACAAUGCGCCUUUCGAAUGCAUCUCGCUCGUAAAGCGUACAGAAGAGCUUUGAUACAAGCGGUACGGAACAAACAUAACAAAAGGUAUAAUCAGGCUGCAACAAAGAUACAGGCCUUAUGGCGGGGCCACUAUUCAAGAAACAAGAAAUUCUGUUACUAUUCUUACCGGAGAUGGUUGCGUGAAGUGACCGAACGUGGUAAGCGACGAGCGGCCGAAGCUGUUGAAUUCGGCAUCAGAACAAAGGUCGAUGACCUCAAAAUGUUGGAAGAAGAAGCGAGAAAAUGGCUCGCUUUCGUCGUCUUCAAGUUACAUCACCUCCUCAGGACGUAUGUCCGGGCCGGUAUAUAUUCUAAAACUGGAACAAGCGAGCUGUCGGAGUUUGAAAACCUUUUAAAUUCAAUACGUUACACGGAAUAUAUGAAACGUUUGAAAAAGAAAUAUGACGAGUUUGUGCGAAAAUAUCGACCUCGUUUUUUCAAUAAAAGAUUGUUUCCAAUAAUAGGAAAUGGAGAAGAUUAUUGGUACCUGUCUCUACCUGAGAUGUAUGAACUAACUGCUCAGCCUCCAGAAGUUGAAGAUACGCGUCACAUUAACGUACAUCACGGUCCUAUUCAUAAGAAGCCGUUUCUUUGGAGGAAAGUGACAAGCUCUAAGCUUACAGAAGAAAGAGGUCCAUUUAUUGCGACGAGAAUUCCUUCAAAAGAAUCUUUAAAAAGUGAACCACGUGAUCCACGUUUCGAUCUCUACGUCCAACACUACAAGCCACAACCGAAUAUUUUCGAUUAUGUCGAUUAUCAUAUAAACAUCGUACUAUUGAAAAAACACAAGAUUCAAAAAAUGUAA